AUGGUAAUAUCAAACGGAGCGACUUGUGUAAUAACAUUACUUAGUUAUGUGUUAGCUGAUGACGGUGACGUAUUUCUGAUCAGUUCACCAUUCUACACGGUGUUAGAUCACGAUGUUAACGUUUUAACGAAAAAUUCUCUCGUCCGAUGUCCAUUAUUGGGUCAAGAGAAAGGAGAAUUUAGUCUCCAUGUCGAUAGUUAUAAGCAUGGUUAUGAAAAAGCCCAACUGGAUGGUUUACGAGUUCGGGGCAUCAUUAUCGUCAAUCCUGGAAAUCCGGUCGGUGACAUUUAUGAUGAACGAACGUUAAUGCCAAUAUUAGAGUUUGCUGCUGAGAAACAACUACACGUCAUUGUUGAUGAAAUCUAUGCAUUAAGCACAUUUACAACUUUACACGAACCAUUUCAAUCGAUAUUAAGCUACAAGCAUUUACCUGAUCCAAAACGAACACAUUUUGUAUGGGCCUUUAGUAAAGAUUUUUCAAUGUCGGGCGUACGAGUCGGUGUGCUAUAUUCUUCAAUUGAAGUUUGUAUGAUUGCUAGCAAGGUUAAUUUUUCAUUCUUGCCGUCAGGUGCCGUGCAAGGACUGAUGAUGAGCUUAUUAUCUGAUAAAGAAUGGACUAAUCGAUAUGUUCGGACAAAUAAGGAACGUUUGACAGAAAAGUUCUAUUCUGUUAAAAAACAAUUGGAAUUGAUGAGUGAUGGACGAAUCAAAGUGUACGAAGCACAAGCAGGCCUUUUCAUAUGGGCUGAUUUUGGAUUAUAUUUGAACGAGAAAUCGUUUGAUGAGGAACUAAAACUCUUUAAUAUGAUAUUCGAUGCUGGCCUGUAUAUUACAUGUGGCAAGAUCCUUGGAUGUAACGAGCCAGGAUGGUUUCGCCUUAUUUUCUCAGUGAAAGACUCUUGGAUUGAGGAAGGUUUAAUUCGAUUGAAAACAGCAUUAAACAAAUACGAGUUCAAUACUUGA